UCCCUCCUUAUUCUAUUGGCAAUUUGGUUCUCUCUCUCUCUCAAUCGCUCUUUGAUCCUUCCCUAUUUAUACCAUCUUCUCCCAUUAGACGUGCACUAAUCCCAAACCUCACGCACCCACCUGCACCAAGUCCAAAGCUUGGCUAAGUCCAUGGCGGGUGUGUUCGUGAUGGAACCCGAGGAGGUGCAGUCGCUGAGGAAGAGGUCGGGGCUCACGACCCUUCAGCUGCUGGCCUCGCUCGUCCCCCAAGCCAAGUCCAAGGCCCGACCCCCCGUCUCCGACUACUGCGUGGGCGCGGCCGGCCUCGGCGCCAGCGGCCGCAUCUUCUUCGGCGUCAACCUCGAAUUCCUCGGCCUCCCCCUCAGCCAGUCCGUCCACGCCGAGCAGUUCCUUGUCGCCAACGCCGCCCUCCACGGCGAGUCCUCCAUCACCCACAUCGCCGUCUCCACCACCCCGUGCGGCCACUGCCGCCAGUUCUUCCAGGAGAUCCGCUCCGCCCCGGAGAUCAGCAUCCUAGUCACAGGGGACGGGUACGACGCUGCCCGCGCCGAGCCCGACCCUGACGCUUUCCGCCGCAUCGCCCUCUUCCUCCCCCACCGGUUUGCUCCCUGCGACCUCCUCCAAGAGAGUGUCCCUCUCCUCCUAGAAAACCGGAACAACCGACUCGUCCUCGUCUCCGGCGACGACGACUCCUCGGCCGAUCGCGACCUCAUCGACUCUGCCCUCCGGGCUGCUAAUCGCUCCCAUGCCCCUUACAGCGACUGCCCUUCGGGGCUGGCGCUGAGGGCGAAGGACGGGAAGGUUUUCGCGGGUUCGUACAUCGAAUCGGCGGCGCACAACCCGAGCCUCCACGCGGCUCAGGCGGCGCUGGUGGCGUUCGUGGCGGGAGGCGGGGGAGGGUACGAGGAGAUAGAGAGGGCGGUGCUUGUGGAGAGGGAGGGAGGGAUGGUGGCGCAGGAGGGCGUCGUCCGGCUGGUUCUUGGCAGCGUGGCGCCGGGCUGCUCCUUCUCCGUGGUUCACUGCCGGCCCCAAAUCAGCGUGGACGGUGACGGCGACGCCCUCAACCACAACUGAACAAGUGGUGCCUCUGAAACUCUUUCUUUUCUCUGGUUUGAUUCCCCCUUCCUCCUCUAUCCUUUGGCCUUUUCCCCUCUUGCUUUUCUGCUCUGUGUUUGUACACCAUCUGUCGUCUCUUAUGUAUUAUUAUAAUAACUCUUUC